GCCGAAAGUGCGACAGCAUCGAACAUUAGCCGUAUGAAGACCGACAGUGCAAUACCGCUAAUUAGUUUAGCAACAACACAGCCAGAAGAAGUUGUCAGUGAUAAGAACCGAGAAAAACCGAUGCCUAAAGCCGUUGAAAAAGAUGCGAGAAAAGACAUAAAAGCGAAAUUUGGUGUCGAUGAAUUUUUACAAAAACGAAAAAUGGAAACAGAAAUUAAAAGGUAA